UAUCACUCUUCGGUUCUGUCUCUCCUGCAUUUGUCCUUCUUCCUCAGAGAUAAAUGGAGGAAGAAAAAUUCAUAUCCAAGAUCUAGAAAGAGUUUUAUGGACCAAUUAGAGGUUGCUAGAUACCAGAGAAUACAUGCAGAAAGGGAAAGCUGUAUUCCAGAGAAGACUUACAAAUGCAUUGUGUGUGGAAAAUAUUUUCCCAUGAAGAUAGCGCUGAUGCUUCACAAAAGGAUCCACACUGGGAAAAAGUGCUUUGUGAGUGAAAUGUCUGGGAAAUGUUUAAAUCGGAUGCAACACUUUGUGAAUCGUGAAAGAAAGAAGCCAUACAAAUGCCAGGAGUGUGGAAAAUGUUUUGCUCGAGAUUCACACCUUGUAAAUCCUAAGAGAGUUCACACAGGAGAGAAACCAUACAAAUGCCAGGAGUGUGGGAAACAUUUUACUAAAAAUUCAAGCCUUUGGAAGCAUAAGAGAGUUCACACAGGAUACAAACCAUACAAAUGUAAAGAGUGUGGGAAAUGUUUUGCUGAUAAUUCUACACGUAUCAGUCAUAUGAGAAUCCACACAGGAGAGAAACCGUACAAAUGCCAGGAGUGUGGGAAAUGUUUUGGUCGGACUUCAAACCUUCUAAGGCAUAGAAGAGUCCACACAGGAGAACAUCCGUACAAAUGCCAAGAGUGUGGGAAACAAUUUAUUGAGAAUUCCAGUCUUGUAAAGCAUAAAAGCCUCCACACAGGAGAAAAACCGUACAAAUGCCAGGAGUGUGGGAAAAGUUUUGCUGAGAAUUCAUACCUUGUUAGUCAUAAGAAAGUCCACAGGGGAGAACAUCCAUACAAAUGCCCGGAGUGUGGGAAAUGUUUUGCUGUGAAUUCAAACCUUCAAAGGCAUAGAAGAGUCCACACAGGAGAACAUCCGUACAAAUGUCAGGAGUGUGGAAAACAUUUUAUUGAGAAUUCCAGCCUUGUAAAGCAUAAGAGACUCCACACAGGAGAAAAACCAUACAAAUGCCAGGAGUGUGGAAAAUGUUUUGCUCAGAAUUCAACACUUACGUGUCAUAAGAGAAUCCACACAGGAGAAAAACCGUACAAAUGCCAGGAGUGUGGGAAAUGUUUUGCUCGGAAUUCAUACCUUGCAAGUCAUAAGAGAAUCCACACAGGGGAGAAACCGUACAAAUGCCAGGAGUGUGGGAAAUAUUUUGCUCGGAAUUCAGAUGUUUUGAAUCAUAACAAAGUCCACACAGGAGAACAUCCAUACAAAUGCCAGGAGUGUGGGAAACAUUUUAAUGAGAAUUCCAGCCUUGUAAAACAUAAGAGACUCCACACAGGAGAAAAACCUUACAAAUGCCAGGAGUGUGAGAAAUGUUUUGCUCAGAAUUCAUACCUUGCGAGUCAUAAGAGAGUCCACACAGGAGAAAAACCUUACAAAUGCCAGGAGUGUGAGAAAUGUUUUACUCGGAAUUCAUACCUUGUGAGUCAUAAGAGAAUCCAUACAGGAGAGAAACCGUACAAAUGUCAGGAGUGUAGGAAAUAUUUUGCUGUUAAUUCAAGCCUUAGUCAUAAGGGGAUCUACACAGGAGAGAAACCUUACAAAUGCCAGGAGUGUGGGAAAUGUUUUACUAAAAAUCAAGCCUUUUGAAGCAUGAGAGACUACACACAUGAGAAAAGCCUUAUGAAUGCCAGGAGUGUGGGAAAUGUUUUUCUGUGAAUUCAACACUUAUUAGUCAUAAAAGAAUCUGCACAGGUGAAAAACCGUACAAAUGCCAGGAGUGUGGACAAUGUUUUGCUGUGAAUUCAAGCCUUGUGAGUCAUAAAAGAGUCCACACAGGAGAGAAACUUUACAAAUGCCAGGAGUGUGGGAAAUGGUUUGGUCAAGAUUCUCACUUUUUGAAUCAUAGGACAGUUCACACAAGAAAGAAAUCACAGAAAUGAA